AUGGCCCCACCGAACCGAUCAAUCAGUCUCUCCAUCAUCAGUCUGCUGACUUGUGGUGCCUCGAGAUCUUAUGCAGCUGAUCUGGCCGUGCAGCAGAGCUGCCAGGAUGCUGAUGUGAUAGAAGGCUCGUGCAGCGAGGCUUCCUUCUUGCAGCACGGCCUCGAGGUCCAGCAGGUUCUCGAUGCUGUCAAAAGUCAUGCUGCCACGCAGCCGGCGAUGUCCUCCGAUGUUGCAGCCAACAUUUCCAAUGUUUCCAAUUUGACGGUGCAUGCAUCCAAUGCGACGGCAGUACAGCCAGCUUUGCAGAAAGAGCAGCAGGAUAAGGAGCCUGCGGUUCUGCUGAACCAGCUCGUGGCAGCAUCCCUUGCAAGGGAGAGUUCAGGGAGUUCAUCGAUCGUUUCGACAGUGGUCAACUUGGUGGUCUUGGUGAUGCUGGUGCUUCUCAUCGCCUUGUUGUGCCGGCACGACAUGAACGUGCAAGAGGCAUACGAGGAGGUCAAGGGUGACCCGCAGAUGCUGUACAAGCAAUUCGAGCAGGACGUAUCCCCGCGAGCGAGAUGCACGCAGGCUUGCUGCUGA